UCGUUAUCGCACAAUAAUAAGAAGCCCCGGUCCCGCUCUAUCGCCCUCCCCAAAUCCCUUCCCCAUGUCUCGGGUUAUUUUUGAGCUUCCAUCCGCUCCUUGCAAGUGUGCGAUCACGAAUUGAGCUGGCAAUUUGGGAUUCGUUUGAAAGAUCGGAAAUUUGGGGGGCGGUGUCCCCUUUUUCUUUUGUUUUGGGGAGAAAGAUUGGAUCUUUGCCGUUGUUCUUAUCCGAUUUGAUGUCUUCUUCAACGUCGUCGUAUUGGUGCUACCAGUGCAGCCGCUUCGUCCGGGUGCGGCAAGAGAGCGCCAUCGUCUGCUCCGACUGCCACGGAGGGUUCCUCGAGGAGGUGGGUACUCCCCCUCCUCCUCCCGAACUUAACGAUUCCGAAUCACGCCGCCGUCGGAUCCCCUCUAACGCUGCGGCAGCCGACCUCGGCGCCUUCGAUAUGGCUUCCCGCCCUCUUCGGUCCUCCGAGCUCAGAUUCCACCGCAACCGCCGCCUGUCGGCUGGAGACCGGUCCCCUUUUAAUCCUGUCAUCGUCCUCCGCAGCCCAUCCAACGGCCGUCUCGGUGAAGAUGUCACCGCCACCGCUAACAGCUUCGAACUUUACUACGACGACGGCACCGGAUCGGGUCUCCGUCCCUUGCCGGAAAGCAUUUUGGAUUUUCUGAUGGGGUCGGGCUUUGACCGCCUCCUCGAGCAGCUCGCGCGGAUCGAGAUCAAUGGCAUCAGUGUUGAGGGGGGAUGCGAGUAUCCACCCGCGUCGAAGGCCGCAAUAGAAUCGAUGCCUAUCAUAGAGAUCGUCGAUGAGCACAUUGGGAAAGACUGCCAUUGUGCCAUCUGCAUGGACCCGUUCGAGCUCGGGGCCGAGGCCAGGGAGAUGCCCUGCAAGCACAUUUAUCAUCAAGAUUGCAUUUUUCGCUGGCUUUCGCUUCGGAACUCGUGCCCCGUUUGCCGCCAUGAGAUGCCAAGGGAUGUGCUGGCAAGGGACGCAACAGAAGCCGAAGGGGAUGAGCAUGCCGCCGCCCGUGGAAACGAUGAGGAGACUGUGGGACUAACAAUAUGGAGGCUUCCUGGUGGAGGUUUUGCGGUGGGGAGAUUCGCAGGGGGAACAAGACCGGAAUUUCCUGUUGUGUAUACUGAGAUGGAUGGUGGUUUCAACAACAGUGGAGCACCAAGAAGGAUCUCAUGGUCUUCAAGACGCAGCAGGUCGAGGGAGAGUGGAGGGAUCUUACGGGCUGUUUCUAACUUCUUCUCAUUCUUUAGGCUGUCACGGUCAAAUUCUACUGCUUCAAGGCGAAGCCGAAGCUCAACAACUAAUCCUGUAUCUGCAGACAGGCACCACAGAAGUUCAAUUUUCAGGAGGCGUUAACAAACUUGGUGCCCCAUUCUGGAUGAGAUCUUCAAUGUGACUGCUUGAUGGUGGCUUGCAAACUUUGAAAGUUGGUGAUUCUACGACAAGUUUCAUUGUAAAUAGUUAAUAUGCAGAAACGUCGUAGAAAUUUCUGAUUUCCAUGAGCUUAAACCUACAUUAUUCUUUUAGAAAAGCGCUACUAAUAUCUUCUUGGAUGAAGAUACCUUUUCUCAACUGGGAAACACGAUCAUUUUAUGGUUUAUUUUAAUAUUUAUUGGAUUAGGAAAAGGUUCCAUGAUGCUAUUGUAUUUUGUUGGAAUGUGAAAUUUGAAUGAUGAAUCAUAUUCUAUCUUUUAACUUC